UCUGGGCCUGGCCGGGUCUUCCGGCCCACUCCGCCGGCGCGGCGCCCCGGGGCUUUGGGGCGCCAGUCUGCAGUCCGGCCUACCACCCGCUGAAAGCCUUUGGUCCCCGGAGAGAGCAGGCCCCGCGAGCCCGAGGCCCCAGCCUGGCCCGGUGGGCGUGGACUUUGCGCCAUGUGAAGGCCUCAGGAGCUCUGCCACCGAGGCGGAGCCCGGGGUCGGGGAAGGCCCGCCGAGCUCAGGGAAGCUCACAGCCGCCUUUUUGGAGCCGGGUCGGCGGGGCCGGAGUUCAAAAGGUGAUGACCUAUCAACAGCCAUUCUCAAACAGAAGAACCGUCCCAAUCGGUUAAUUGUUGAUGAAGCCAUCAAUGAGGACAACAGUGUGGUGUCCUUGUCCCAGCCCAAGAUGGAUGAAUUGCAGUUGUUCCGAGGUGACACAGUGUUGCUGAAAGGAAAGAAGAGACGAGAAGCUGUUUGCAUCGUCCUUUCUGAUGAUACUUGUUCUGAUGAGAAGAUUCGGAUGAAUAGAGUUGUUCGGAAUAACCUUCGUGUACGCCUAGGGGAUGUCAUCAGCAUCCAGCCAUGCCCUGAUGUGAAGUACGGCAAACGUAUCCAUGUGCUGCCCAUUGAUGACACGGUGGAAGGCAUUACUGGUAAUCUCUUUGAGGUAUACCUUAAACCGUACUUCCUGGAAGCGUAUCGACCCAUCCGGAAAGGAGACAUUUUUCUUGUCCGUGGCGGGAUGCGUGCUGUGGAGUUCAAAGUGGUGGAAACAGAUCCUAGCCCUUAUUGCAUUGUUGCUCCAGACACAGUGAUCCACUGCGAAGGGGAGCCUAUCAAACGAGAGGAUGAGGAAGAGUCCUUGAAUGAAGUAGGGUAUGAUGACAUUGGUGGCUGCAGGAAGCAGCUAGCUCAGAUAAAGGAGAUGGUGGAACUGCCCCUGAGACAUCCUGCCCUCUUUAAGGCAAUUGGUGUGAAGCCUCCUAGAGGAAUCCUGCUUUACGGACCUCCUGGAACAGGAAAGACCCUGAUUGCUCGAGCUGUAGCAAAUGAGACUGGAGCCUUCUUCUUCUUGAUCAAUGGUCCUGAGAUCAUGAGCAAAUUGGCUGGUGAGUCUGAGAGCAACCUUCGUAAAGCCUUUGAGGAGGCUGAGAAGAAUGCUCCUGCCAUCAUCUUCAUUGAUGAGCUGGAUGCCAUCGCUCCCAAAAGAGAGAAAACUCAUGGCGAGGUGGAGCGGCGCAUUGUAUCACAGUUGUUGACCCUCAUGGAUGGCCUAAAGCAGAGAGCACAUGUGAUUGUUAUGGCAGCAACCAACAGACCCAACAGCAUUGACCCAGCUCUACGGCGAUUUGGUCGCUUUGACAGGGAGGUAGAUAUUGGAAUUCCUGAUGCUACAGGACGCUUAGAGAUUCUUCAGAUCCAUACCAAGAACAUGAAGCUGGCAGAUGAUGUGGACCUGGAACAGGUAGCCAAUGAGACUCACGGGCAUGUGGGUGCUGACUUAGCAGCCCUGUGCUCAGAGGCUGCUCUGCAAGCCAUCCGCAAGAAGAUGGAUCUCAUUGACCUAGAGGAUGAGACCAUUGAUGCCGAGGUCAUGAACUCUCUAGCAGUUACUAUGGAUGACUUCCGGUGGGCCUUGAGCCAGAGUAACCCAUCAGCACUGCGGGAAACCGUGGUAGAGGUGCCACAGGUAACCUGGGAAGACAUCGGGGGCCUAGAGGAUGUCAAACGUGAGCUACAGGAGCUGGUCCAGUAUCCUGUGGAGCACCCAGACAAAUUCCUGAAGUUUGGCAUGACACCCUCCAAGGGAGUUCUGUUCUAUGGACCUCCUGGCUGUGGGAAAACUUUGUUGGCCAAAGCCAUUGCUAAUGAAUGCCAGGCCAACUUCAUCUCCAUCAAGGGUCCUGAGCUUCUCACCAUGUGGUUUGGGGAGUCUGAGGCCAAUGUCAGAGAAAUCUUUGACAAGGCCCGCCAAGCUGCCCCCUGUGUGCUAUUCUUUGAUGAGCUGGAUUCGAUUGCCAAGGCUCGUGGAGGUAACAUUGGAGAUGGUGGUGGGGCUGCUGACCGAGUCAUCAACCAGAUCCUGACAGAAAUGGAUGGCAUGUCCACAAAAAAAAAUGUGUUCAUCAUUGGCGCUACCAACCGGCCUGAUAUCAUUGAUCCUGCCAUCCUCAGACCUGGCCGUCUUGAUCAGCUCAUCUACAUCCCACUUCCUGAUGAGAAGUCCCGUGUUGCCAUCCUCAAGGCUAACCUGCGCAAGUCCCCAGUUGCCAAGGAUGUGGACUUGGAGUUCCUGGCUAAAAUGACUAAUGGCUUCUCUGGAGCUGACCUGACAGAGAUUUGCCAGCGUGCUUGCAAGCUGGCCAUCCGUGAAUCCAUCGAGAGUGAGAUUAGGCGAGAACGAGAGAGGCAGACAAACCCAUCAGCCAUGGAGGUAGAAGAGGAUGAUCCAGUGCCUGAGAUCCGUCGAGAUCACUUUGAAGAAGCCAUGCGCUUUGCGCGCCGUUCUGUCAGUGACAAUGACAUUCGGAAGUAUGAGAUGUUCGCCCAGACCCUUCAGCAGAGUCGGGGCUUUGGCAGCUUCAGAUUCCCUUCAGGGAACCAGGGUGGAGCUGGCCCCAGUCAGGGCAGUGGAGGCGGCACAGGUGGCAGUGUAUACACAGAAGACAAUGAUGAUGACCUGUAUGGCUAAGUGGUGGUCAGCGUGCAGUGAGCUGGCCUGCCUGGACCUUGUUCCCUGGGGGUGGGGGCGCUUGCCCAGGAGAGGGACCAGGGGUGCGCCCACAGCCUGCUCCAUUCUUCAGUCUGAACAGUUCAGCUACAGUCUGACUCUGGACAGGGGGUUUCUGUUGCAAAAAUACAAAACAAAAGCGAUAAAAUAAAAGCGAUUUUCAUUUGGUAGGCGGAGAGUGAAUUACCAACAGGGAAUUGGGCCUUGGGCCUAUGCCAUUUCUGUUGUAGUUUGGGGCAGUGCAGGGGACCUGUGUGGGGUGUGAACCAAGGCACUACGGCCACCUGCCACAGUAAAGCAUCUGCACUUGACUCAAUGCUGCCCGAGCCCUCCCUUCCCCCUAUCCAACCUGGGUAGGUGGGUAGGGGCCACAGUUGCUGGAUGUUUAUAUAGAGAGUAGGUUGACUUAUUUUACAUGCUUUUGAGUUAAUGUUGGAAAACUAAUCACAAGCAGUUUCUAAACCAAAAAAUGACAUGUUGUAAAAGGACAAUAAACGUUGGGUCAAAAUGGA